AGCUCACCUUGCAGAGGUCGAGCAGCUUCAAGGACUUCAUGAAGCCGAAGGUGACGUCACCUGUCGGCCCAGAGAAGGACUUUGCGCUGGACGAGACUGUGGACCUGAAACUAUUUCAUUUUAUUUAACUUUCUUUUUCCUUUAUUUGGAUAUUUUGGUUAUUUUUGUGUGUGGCUUUCAUAAGCUUGAGCGGGUGUAUCUAAUACAGUUUAAUUAAUUUUAAUUUAAUUUAAUUUUAUUUUGUUUCUGCAAACCUGAGCAUUAUAAUUUAUUAUUAAAAAAUUAUUAUAUAAUAACAAUAUAUGAAUAACAUUUUAUUUGAUGCGUGUUUGUUUGUAUUUAAAACAGAGCAAGAAUUGUUUUUAAAAAGUGGAACUACUAGUGUGUCCACACGCUCUAUCCUUGCACGUGAAGGCUCACAAAGGUGAAUUCGGAAUAUUGCAGAAGCACAAAACUUCCCAAUUCCACGUGCUGAAAUGGUAUCGGCGUGUUUUUAAAGAGCCAGAUUAACGACUCCCCCAACUGUGAUCGGAAAUGCCAUAAAGUGUAGCAGUAAAGAUGUUGGGGUUUUUUUUUGAGAUAAUGUGAGCGUAAAGUGCAGACAGGAUGUCCUCUGGUGAAGGCUCAGUCAAGCAGAGAACCGCCAUGUCUGACAAGGACGUUUCACGUUUUGUUGACGUCAGUGAGCACGCGCGACACAAUGUUUGCUCGAGCCUUCCGGAUAUUUGUCAGUGCAGAUAAAUCGUCUUGCCCAUGUAGAGGAGGGCGUACCAGAUGGAGGCAAAUGCGGCACCAAGCUGGGCAAGAAAUGGCGCAACGUCAUCUCCCGUACAAUGACACGCAAAACCUCCAAGAUGGUGCAGAGGGUAUUAGCUGAGGAAGAGCCUCUCCAGGGGGAAAGCAGUGAAGAAAUGUCCCCCGUCUCCCCUAGCUGGCCGCCAGCAGGCGUGAAUCCAGGCCAGAGGACAUCCAUGUGCUCCACAGGCUCAGAGGACACAGUGUCCAGUCCGGUCACCUGCCCUUUUUCCAGCAACAGCGACAGACAAAGCCUGGACAGCGGUUAUUGCCAGAGGGACAGCAUGAGACUGGAGGACAACGCGUACAAUGGACCCUUCUGUGGACGCGCUCUGGUGCACACUGACUUCACACCCAGUCCUUACGACGUGGAGUCCCUGAAACUUCAAAAAGGCGACAUCAUCCACAUCAUUGAGAAACCUCCUGUCGGCACCUGGACAGGGAAACUCAAUAACAAGGUGGGCUCGUUUAAGUUCAUCUACGUCAACCUCCUGCCCGACGAGAGUCCCCCUGCCAGACGCAGGCGUUGUGACAACAAGACCAGCAGAACCAAGUCCAAACCGACAACCCUCGAUGAAGUGCUGGAUAGCAUUGGUCUUACAGAACUGACUUCCUUGCUGUCCAUGCAUGGCUUCCAGAACCUGGAAGACUUUGCUGGCCUGCGAGAAUCUCACCUCAAUGAGCUGAACAUCACGGACCCAGAUCAACGCUCCAAGAUCCUGAGUGCCACCGACUUGCUCAGAGAAUCCGAGGAUGAAUGCAGCCCGGAGGGACAAGAAGGAGAAGAAAAGGAGGAGGACGAGGACAGAUCUAUGGUGGACGCCCGGGAGCCAAGGGACUCCGGAUGUUUUGAGAGUUCUGAGCACCUGGAGGAUGGACACGAGGAGACAAAACCAGAGGAGGAGCUCCAGGGUGAAGAGACAGAGAACAAUAAGCAGACAGAAGGGGAGCUCCAGGAAGAGAAGGCAGAGACCAACAAGGAGAAGAAGCCAUCAGAAGCACUGGAUGAUGUACAGCAACAUCUGCAAGAACUUAGCGUGCAAGAUGGUUCUUAAAGGGGACCUAUUUUACUCAUUUCAGGCCUUUGUAUUGAGUUCUGGACUCCUGUCGAGCAGCUACACACGAUAACCCACACAGAUAACCCGCUUUCUAGAUCUUCCAGACUCUGCACGUCUUCCUGCAGUGUUUCCUUGGGUUCCUGCCUCCCACCCAAAUGGUCUGUGUAAUUUACUCCACCCCAUGCCCUCCUCCAGGUACACCUCCCGCCGAGCCCACUCCGCUGUGAUUGGUCACACUCCAGAGCGCUCCCGAGGACAUCCGGCCAGCUGCCGAAGCCCUUUUGUCCGAUUACUUACACAACAUAAACACAGCUAUGACACUGAUAAAUUGUUACUUCCAGCUUGCUCUUCUGACUCUUCAACACGACCAGAUAACGUUGGAAAGGCGUCGGACUUCAGCAACAGUUUGGUGGAUAGUCCAGCUUGUAUUGUCCCAUGUUCACAAAACAGUCCCGUGUGAAGUGCCGUUGACAGAUGAGCAUAUUUUUGUCUUGUUGGCCGGGAAUGCCUCUUUAGGCAACACCUGAGCAUACGUUUCCUGGGAACCAUUGCUCGAGGCGUUAACACCGUGAACAGAACGAAGCAGAGCGGGGGUGCUGAGCAUAUAAGGAUGUCCGGGUUGCAUUGACGUCAAUGGAACUAGGUUUAAAAAAAAAAAAAAAACAACUCUGUAAAACACAAGCUUGUAGAGCCGUCCAAAACAGCUUUCAGAGCUCACCUCAUUAUCUGAUGCGUUGGCAUCGUUAACACGAGAAUACAACAUUUAUAGGUCAGAAAAGAGGAAAAGUAUAAUAGGUCCCCUUUUAAAGAGCCCAGACUAACUUUUAAGAGCUAGACGUGAUCCAUGCGGUUUGUUAACAGCAAGACAAACUCUGCUGUUCUGUUGCAGACAUUAAACUGCUUAAUGCUGUUUGCUAUAAAACUAUUAACUUGUUACGGAUGGACUUUUCCGGAAUAUGGUACAUACUGUACAGUGGUGUGAAGUAGUGUUUGCCCUGUUUCUGAUUUCUUAUUUUUUUGCACGUUUGUCUCACUUAAAUGUUUCACAUCAUCAAAGAAAUUUAAAAUAUUAGUCAAUGACAACACAACUGAACACAAAAUGCAGUUUUGAAAUAAAACUUUGUAUUAUUAAGAGAGAAAAAAAAAAUCAUGAAGCGCCUUUUUAAGGUCAUGCCACAGCAUCUCAAUAGGAUUCAGGUCAGGACUUUGACUAGGCCACUCCAAAGUCUUUAUUUUGUUUUUCUUCAGUCAUUCAGAGGUGGACUUGCUGGUGUGUUUUGGUUCAUUGUCCUGCUGCAGAACCCAAGUUGGUUUCAGCUUGAGGUCACCAACAGAUGGUUGGACAUUCUCCUUCAGGAUUUUUUUGGUAAACAGCAGAAUUCAUGGUUCCAUUUAUCACAGCAAGUCUUCCAGGUACUGAAGCAGCAAUACAUACCCAGACCAUCACACUACCACCACCAUAUUUCACUGUUGGUAUGAUGUUCUUUUUCUGAAAUGCGGCGUUACUUUUAUGCCAGAUGUAAUGGGACACACUCCUUCCAAAAAGUUCAACUUUUGCCUCAUCAGACCACAGAGUAUUUUCCCAAAGGUCUUGGAGAUCAUCAAUAUAGUUUUCUGAGAGACGAGCCUGAUGUUAUUUUUUUUCAGCAGUGGUUGUCGUCUUGGAACUCUGCCAUGCAGGCCGUUUUUGCCCAGUGUCUUUCUUAUAGUGGAGUCAUGAACACUGACUUUAACUGAGGCAAGUGAGGCCUGAAGUUCUUUGGAUGUUGUUGUGGGGUCUUUUGUGACCUCUUGAAUGGGUCCUCGCUGCGCUCUUGGGUUAAUUUUGGUUGGCCGGCCACUCCUGGGAAAGUUCACUGCUCUUCCAUGUUCUCACCAUUUGUGGAUAAUGGCUCUCACUGUGUUUUGCUGGAGUCCCAAAGCUUUAGAAAUGGCUUUUUAACCUUUUCCAGACUGAUAGAGCUCAAUUAAUCUCAGUUAUGUUUAACUGGGGGGGUGGGGGCACUUUUUCACCCAGAGCCAUGUAGGUUUGGAUUUUUUUUUUCUCCCUUAAUAAUAAAAUGUUUCAUUUAAAAACAGAAUUUUGUGUUUAGUUGUGUUGUUGUUAACAAAUAUUUAAAUGUGAUGCUAAAAUGCUGAAACAUGCUAAAAAAUAAGAAAUCAGGAAGGAGGAAAUCACUUUUCCACACCACCAUACAAGAUCUGACAGUUACGGAUCUCAAAGACUGUUAAAGGCAUCAACUGAAAUUCCUAAAAAACAAUCAGAUACAUUUUUGUCACCUUGUCUCACACUGUUUUUGUUCAACCAAAAAAUGUUGAAUAAUUGUUAAACACAAAUGUAAAAGUUAAAAAAGUGCGUUGUAAUAAAAUUGUGUGGAUUUGGUUAAUACACACAUUUACUGCAGCAUCUCACACACAUAUUGUAUUUUUAUUCUAAGUAAUACUGGUCAUGCUUGGUGGUACUGUUAAAUAUUUUAUGGCUGGUAAAUUUAACUGUAAAUAUUAGCCUAAAUAACCAUGGAUUUUGGACACUAUGUAUAGUUAAAUCCAGCAUAACAUUUAGGAGUUUAUUACUUGUUUAAAAAAAAAAAACAA